CAAGCCAGUAAAAACGGAGGCAGUGCGCGCGCCAUCGGGAACAGUUGUGUUAUCGCAGUGCUAGUGUGUGCAGGCAUCAUGGCUGGUGGCAAGGCAGGAAAGGACUCUGGCAAAGCGAAAGCUAAAGCCGUUUCGCGCUCAGCUCGAGCAGGAUUACAGUUUCCCGUCGGACGUAUUCACAGACAUCUUAAGAACAGGACGACCAGUCAUGGCCGCGUUGGUGCAACCGCUGCCGUCUACAGUGCUGCUAUUUUGGAAUAUUUGACCGCUGAGGUUCUUGAAUUGGCUGGCAAUGCGUCAAAAGAUCUUAAGGUGAAACGUAUCACUCCCCGCCAUCUCCAGUUGGCCAUCCGUGGUGACGAAGAGUUGGACUCUCUAAUUAAAGCCACUAUUGCUGGUGGUGGUGUCAUUCCACAUAUUCACAAGUCCCUUAUUGGAAAGAAGGGGUCUCAGAAGCCUGUAUAAACACUCAAAGUUGUUAAUGGAUGUGCCCGCAUUGUGGCUUAGGCCUGGGGACCUCACUGCCAUGAUAAGCUUUUUUUUUUUCUUUUUUUUUAUACUUUAAAUUAGUAUAAUUUUUCAUUUACUAAAUAGUAUGUGUGAUCUAGUGCCCUAUUUUAGGGGCCAUUUGGUUUAAGCUAUUCAGGUGGUCUACCUCCUGUCCCCAAUCUAUGACACCUGUCCUCUCCUAAGUCCUUGGAAGACAGCAUGAGGCCUUUGGCGGUCUUUUUGAUGACUUAUACUAGAUAAGGGUCUCUUCAAAAGCUGAGCUAUAUUGCAGUGCUCUCAAGGCACAGUACAGGACAAUUAUGGCUUUGCAACCCAGAAGUUCAGUAUGUAAUUUUGUUUGUUAUCCCUUAAGCUAGCUUUUAAUGUAUUUCAUGGAUUGAUUUUAAGCAGAGAUUUUAUGUUCUGUUUUAAAUUAGGAGUCUGGGAGCAAGAAGGAAAUUACAUUCCUAGUUUCCUAGACAUUGCAAAAGUGUCAAUGUGUUACUUAAAAGUACAAUUUACAGUUUUGAUAAACCAGUAGAGUAAGUACCACUAUACAUAUGUAAUUAGUACAUUCUCUACAAUAUAAUGUAUAUUCAUUUUUUUAA